CCUUCAUUGCUAAUACUUUAAAUGCACACGAUUUUUCGAUUGGGGGUGUUCGGUAAAAUUUUUGCGAGGUUUUCAUUCCAGUAAUAACUUGCUUACUAAGGAAAAUUCGUACUGUUAAACAGUUUUGAAUGAUUUGGCUUUGAGAGAUGGCUGAAGCUCGUUUGGCUGUUGCAUUUCAGUUUGCCGUCACGGAUGAUGGCCAACUGAACAUACAUUUUGAUAAGGAUGUAAUUCACCAUGUUUUUCGUGCCCUAAGGAAGACUGUGAAGAGGAAAUAUAAGACAGCAAAGCACAACUUUUUCAAAUGGCAUUUUCCUGCAACUCCGUUUGCGUGGAUACUUUUUGUCAUUGCGCUUGCCGCCGCUCGAAUUGGAGAACAUCAGCCGACGUUGGGAGUUCUUGGCCGCUUGGAGCAGGCAUUGCCGGGGUUGAUAACAGCAAGCCCGUACAUUGCAGUAUGCUUGGGAGUUGCUAUAUUUGCCACUUUGUUGUGGAUGCUCUGGGGUCUCUUUUUGCAGCUGAUUCUUCGUGCUUUGCUUACUUAUCGUGCAGUAUUAUUUGAAAGAAAAAUUUCUUUAAAGACCAAGAUAUGGGCUGGUGUUGUCAAACUCUUUACAUCGGGCAAUUAUGGUUUGUACAGUUUUCAGCAAUCUUUACCAAGGCUUCCAGUACCAUCAUUGGAUGCAACUCUUGAUAAACAUUUACUUAGUGUGAAGGAAAUUUUUUCUGAUGAUAAAUAUGAAAGAGUCAAAUAUUUGACCAAAGAAUUUCGGAAUGGUAUUGGACGGAAACUUCAGCGUUAUUUAGUCUUAAAAUCUUGGUGGUCUAACAACUAUGUGACAGACUGGUGGAAUAAGUAUGUGUACAUGAAAGCUCGGGGAUCUUUGAUGAUCAACAGCAACUUUUAUGGCGUUGACGGACCUUUUUUAACUAGAAAGUUUAAACAAACAUCAAAGGCAGCAAAUCUUAUUCAUUCUCUGUUUCUUUUUCGGAAAUUAGUCGAGAAAGAAAGAUUGAAACCUUUAAUGUUGAGCAAGCUGAUUCCUCUUUGUUCAACGCAAUACAGAUUAAUGUUUAAUCAGACCAGAAUUCCUGGAAAGGAUUUUGACGAACUCAUCCAACAUGCCUCUGUGAAUCAUGUCGUUGUUCUUCAUAAAGGCAGAUAUUUCAAACUAAAUGUAUUCCACCGAGGAAACCUAUUGAAACCAAAAGACAUUCAAAAUCAGUUGGACAAAAUAAUUGAAGAUACUUCAUUGCCAUCCGUUGGUGAAGCCUCGCUUGCAGCCAUCACUGGUGAACAGAGAAAAUUGUGGGCUGAAACACGUGAGGAGUUUUUCCAUACUGGAGUUAACCAUGAAUCAUUAAAAACUAUAGAACAUGCUGCAUUCAUGUGUGUUUUGUCUGAGGAAGAGACAGGUUUUGACAAGAAUGAUCCGUCAAAGUAUAAUGAUUUUUCAAAGUAUGCAUUACAUGGUGAAGGAGAUAAUAUUUGGUUUGAUAAGUCCUUCAAUAUCAUCAUCUUCAAAAAUGGCAAGUAUGGAAUUAACGUUGAACAUGGAUGGGCUGAUGCGCCAAUUAUGUCACAGCUUUUUGAAUGGGUUAUCGAUUGUGACAUCAACAAGCUUGACUAUGAUGCUCAAGGUGAAUGUUUAGGCGAAACACAAUAUUCUUUGGAUAUUCCUGCACGUUUGAAGUGGGAUAUUCCUGAAAAGUGUGUUGAAAGAAUUGAAACGGCAAAAAAGAAUAAUCUUGCUUUGAUUAGUGAUCUAGACCUACAUGUUCUUGUACAUGAAGACUUUGGUAAAGAUACCAUCAAGAUGCGUAAAUUGAGCCCGGAUGCAUUUGUUCAAAUGAGUUACCAGUUAGCGAGCUUCAAGGAGCGCAAAGCUUUCAAAUUGACUUAUGAAUCUUCAAUGACGCGACUGUAUCGUGAUGGCCGUACAGAGACCGUUCGCCCCUGCACAGCUGAAUCUUGUGCUUUUGUCAAGGCAAUGGUGAAUCCAGAUGUAACGAAAGAAACGAAGAGGAAUUUGUUGACGAAAGCAUGCGAAGCUCAUUCAUUUAACAUUAGAAAAGCAAUGGCAGGAGAAGGUGUGGACCGUCAUCUUUUUUGUCUCUACAUCGUUUCCAAGUACUUGAAUGUCGACUCUCCAUUUUUGAACGAGAUUCUGAGCGAGCCAUGGCACAUAUCAACCAGUCAGACUGCUUCCGAUCAAAUGCAGAUUGCCACAUACAACAAGGAUAAAUCAAAAACUCCAGGCGGUGGUGGAUUUGGACCGGUCGCAGAUGACGGUUAUGGUUUGUCGUACCAAAUCGCAGCGCAUACAAUAAUCGUCCAUAUUACCACGAAGAAAUCCUCACCGUUGACGAGUGCCAGCCAUUUUUCCCAUUUGAUUCACGAAAGUUUAAUGGAAAUGAAAGCAUUGUUUGAUGAAUGAUGACAGCCACUUGCAGAUAAUCUCUUAAAUACCGCUUUGAGUGGUUAAGAUAAGUUUUUCUUAUUAACAAUUAUUUUAAUAGUAGUAUUGUAUAACUACUUGAAUUAGAGACACCCUUAGGACUUGACCAUGCAUCGUAUUCAUCCCAUUUUUAAUCAAGCAAGUUGAAUUUAUUCACAGUAUUCGACAUUCUAAAUAUCGCUGUCCACUCGAUGAUAUUUUCAUUAUCGAAUUUCACUUUUUUACACAAUACUAGUUCAAACUUUGGCUGUCAUUCUUGACCAGACGACAAUUUCAUUAUGGUAUAAAAAAAUUGCAAACUCAAAUUUAAGUUAAAAAACAAGACGAUUUAAAGUGUUGUAUUUCGGUUUUAUCUCAAAACCAUCAUAAGGGAAAACCACUAUUGAAAAGAAACCGGAAUAUGACAGAUUUGAGUUGAUAAAAAGUCUUUUUUUGGAUUGUGUUUUUAUCUUAAACUUUGGCCGGCCCUGUUCAUUUGAUCGGGAUGAUUCGGUGCAUGACCAAGGUCAUACAAUGAUUUUGAUUGUAGAUUUAAGAUAGUGCAUUAAUAGCUUCCGUGUUAGACUUAUCAGUAUCGUAUUUGUAUCAAGUGCACUUGUAUGUGUAUACUAGUUGUGGUUGUACCGAAAUAAACUUGUUAUACGUUGAA